AUGUCAGAUGGAACGGCCAGUGACGACCUUGGAACAUUUCUCACCGCCACUACUUGCGCUAACCUCAAGUCUGGGGAAUACAACCACAUCGUCGAUAACUCUGGCAAGAAGUUCGUUAUCUCGGCCACAAAGUCAGAGUCCUUCAGAAGGUCGGAAGAUAUCACCUGUGCUGAAGCUCUUGAAGAAUGGAAAAAGGGCUUUGAACUCUUCGAAGAAUUCCCUUCAGUGUAUCAAGAACAACAAGAGCCGUACAAUAACCCAAAUGCUGUUGGGCUUGUCAGCCUGCUGAGCGAUACCGCACAGGUAAUUCGCUGUGGACUUACAACCGGCUGUACAGAUAAAGUAUUUGUGUGCUACUUCAAGCCUGCUGGCUUCGACGUGGAGCAGUUGCCUGUGAGCCGCAAGAUGUGGCACAAGCUUGAGGCGAGCCACAAGAAGAAGCCUACACUGAAGGGUCACGAAGAUGAGCACGAAGAUUGCUUGACGGCAGUCAACGACGUGCGUACGGUUGCGGGGUUAGACCUACCCAAAUUUGUGGCCCCGCAUAAAGGCAAAUCACUCCGAAAGAAAAGAUCAAUAGUAAAGGGGACCAACUACGAGGAAGCUUUGUACAACCUGACUUGCGAGGAGAUAGAGCAGUCCAAAAUCGACCCAACGGUAGCAGAGGAUUACACUCUCAUCUACGCCGUUGGUGACGAGAGUGGAACUGCCCCCACCGCUGCACAAGCAGUUGAGGUCUGGAAGACUGGAUUCAGCAAACUGGGCACUGACCUUCCGCCAGCCUUCAAAAAGAGAGUGCUUGCUCGUUCUGAAGUCGACAAGGAAGAGAUCACAGGCGAAAUAUAUUACGACAACGUAGUUGCCGGUUUCGCGUCCCUUAUGGCCGACGGAGAACGUGAAAUGCUCUGCUACAAUGCUACUGGCUGCAAAAAAUCUGCACUUAUCUGCUUCAUUACGGAGGCAACCCUGGUAGAAGAGGAGGAACCAAUCAGCGAAACAACAUGGAACAAGAUUUUGGCCCUCGCCGAAGACAGCGGGGACAACGGCGCUACUGACGGGGAGAUCAAAUUCACGAAGCUCGGUGAAAAGGAAAACUGCCUCACAGAAAUCAACGAAUUCCGCACCCAAGACAACCUUGGCCUGAACGCAUUCGUUGCCGAGAAGUCCGCAACCGAAGAAGAGCCGAAAGAAGUGGCAGAAGCCGAACUCGACGAGCUUCUGAAAGGUUUGACAUGCUCCACCCUCAAGAGUGGAAAGGCCACCAUCUUGUCCACCGACACAAAACGUAGCUUGAUCUACCACUCUGGCACGAGCGCCACCUGCUCCGAUGCCGUCGAUGCCUGGAAGAAGGGCUAUGAAAAGUUCAGUGAUGUGGACAUCCCACCAAAAUACACUGCUGAUGAAGAACUAUACAAAACAGGAGCUGCAACAAACUUCAUCUCACUCGUCAGCGAGGGAGAAGAGACCGUUGCAACCUGCUACUCCGUUACUGGCUGCUCUGAGAAGGGCUUGGCUUGCGUGCUGGACCCCGCCGUCUUCGAAAAGGACAAAUCACCCAUCACGGAAGAGACCUGGACAAAGGUUGCAGCUGUUCUUAGCAGCGGAGUUGGCGCCGCCUCCGCUUAUGGUGCCCUCCUGAGCAGCGCUUUCGUCGUUGUCGGCCUCUUCGCCCUCAACUUCUAA